UUCUUAGUGGCAGAAGAUCAGGUUGGGUGGUGGUUUUCAGUCCCGCUCUUUCAAACACAGUGGUGAUGCUGUUCCUGGCUGCCUGUUUCUGCACACAAUUUAAAUGUACCUCUGGAGUAAGUCCCUGGACAUGGAGUCAUGGCCAGAAGGCUUGUGUGCUUUGGACUUGCUACUUGUUCCUGUACCACCCAUCAAAGAGGGACCAUCUAGAAGCGGCAGGACACGUGUGCAUUCUGAAAGACGCCUUUGACUUUGAAAGCCCGUCUGAAGUCUCAGACCUCAUUGCGGCUGAGAACUUGGAGGCAGCUCUGGCUCUUCACCUCUACAGGGGAGGCCGACUCUUACAAGGUCAUCAAAUUCCUUUUGGAAUCAUCUUCGGGGGAACGGAUUUAAACGAGGAUGCCAACCACAGGGAAAAAAACGAAGUGAUGGGGAGAGUGCUCGAGGAAGCCAGAUUUGCUGUCGCCUUCACGGAGUCGAUGAAGGAGAUGGCACAGACGCAGUGGCCACACGCUAAGGACAAGAUCUAUGUCCAAAGUCAAGGAAUUGCAACAAUACCAAAUGCCGCUUUUAACUGGAACAGCUUUCUUCAGCGCUCAGAGAUUAACCAAAAUGCUGACAACCUGCACGUGUUCCUUCUGAUCUGCGGGCUCAGGCAAGUCAAAGACCCGCUCUACCUGGUGGAUGCCUUUUCAGAAUGGCAUCAAGAAGAGCCCAACGUUUACAUGGUAAUUGUGGGCCCUGAAGUUGACCCCGUGUUCACCAGGGAAGUGAAAGCCAGGGUGAAGAGGGCCGCCGGGGUCCGGCUGAUGGGGGAGAUGCAGCGGGAGGACCUGCAUGCGGCCUUGAGGAACUGCUUCGCUCUGGUGAACAGCUCUGUCUCUGAGGGCAUGUCGGCCGCCAUUCUGGAGGCGAUGGAUCUGGAGGUCCCUGUGUUGGCCAGGAACAUCCCUGGAAAUGCCGCCCUGGUGAAGCAUGGAGUCACUGGGCUGCUGUUCGCUGAUCCCCAGGAAUUUGUGCAGCUGGCGAAGAGACUCAUCCGUGAUCCUGCGCUGGAGAGAGAGAUCGUGGCCCAGGGGCGGGCGCACGUGCAGAGGCACCACUCCUGGCAGGCGGAGAGGGAGACCUACCAGCACCUGGUGGGGAAACUGCAGGGGCCCCUGGAGGGCUGAGGGCCUGUGCCCGCCGUGCCCGCCAUGCCCACCAUACCCACCAUACCUGCCACACACCUUUGUCCACACCUCAAUCCGUGCCUCUGGCAGGCACCCAGUAGGCCAGGCCAGGGCCCAUUGGCCCUCUCAUGGACUUCCAGGGUCCCCAGUGACCCCACACCCAGGUGCGUCCACCUGGGUCAGCCACUGGAGGUGCAUAGUGACUACCUCAGUGGCCAGGCGGGGGCUUCAGAAACUUGUCAAGAGAAUUUGAUCAGCAGCUUUGGGACUUUCUCGUGGAUGGCAGAGGCUUCCUCUGAAGUGCUCACAGUACAGACCCCAGCCCCUCCUCUGAGUGACCUGUACUCAUCCCGGCCCUCACAGGCCCAUGGGGCCGGGCCGCAGCCACCCGCGGGUGAGCCCUGGAGAGCGCAGCCAGAGCUCACAGCCUGAACUUUCCACCCUUCAGAAAUGGUGCAGGGGAAGGCAGACUGUGUUGCUAGAAGAGGCCCGGCUGCCCUCCAGGCCCUGCCCACCUCUGCUGCUGCCCACACAUAGCCUGGGAAAUAUUUGGGUGGCCCUGAAUUGGAGGCCUCUGUCCCUGGGUCCAGCUGGGGCCCUUCUUUGCCUCCCAGCAUCAGGGAGCUGAGGCUGAGUGUCAGAUGGGGUCAGGAACCUCCAGCCCACGGCAGGACCAGGACUGUAGGACAGCACAAGUGCACAGCAGGACCAGUCCAGUGGUCAUCGUAAUGGUGGCCUCCCUGGGUUGGCAUAGCCUCUCUUGAAAUAGUCUUCACUGACCUUCAGCUGCUGGGAAGACCAGCCUGGGAAGGCGUCCGCUGAGCAUUGACAUCAUGGCCACCAAGUGGACAUCCCUUACCAUCAGCUGGGGGUGAACUGACCUGUUGCCCCUCAAGAGUCAGAAGCUGGCAGCGUGAGGAGAAGAGGACAGAGGAUAGUGGCCGGGGUGCCCUCCUGGAAAGCGCUGGUGAGGAGACUGCCUGGGCUCUGGACAGAGGCAGAGAGGGGAGGGACCAACACUGCACUUCCCCAAGUUCCAGGGCACAUCCCGGACGUCUUGCUGCUCACCACCGUGUUCUUGAGGACAGAAGAGCCAGCAUCUUGUUUUCAGAAGGAGCAGCCUCCAGUCAGUGCCAUUCCAAUGUCCUGGGGUGGGCACCAGCCCACUCUGAUUCCUCACAGUGCCAUUUGGCCUUUCACCCUGCACCUGGGUCAUGGAAGAGCCGCUCUCCAGGGAGGCGGUGGGCGGAGAGAACAGGGCUCUUGCUCCUCGGGCUCUGCAUCAGCAGCUGGCCAAGCAUCACCUGUUUCCCCUGGGCCCACAUGGGUGCCAGGACACGCUUCCCCGCCUGGGCACAGGGAGAGGGAGGGAGACCAGGCCUGAGCCCUGAGUCUGGAGGGAGCAGUGCCACCCUAGGGGAAGGCACGGUUGGGGAAGGUCACUCAGCCACCACCCACACUGCUGCUAUUUACCCAGUGCUGUUGGUCUCAAAGCGCAACUGUCCCCUCCCUGAGUGACCUGGAGGGGGCCUGGCCUCCACCAGCCAUCACCACGGAGCUAUGUCUUGCCCAGUGCAUGGUGAGGAGGGGCAGGUUUUAAGUUAAUAAAGUGUGUCACCAUCUGCAGUACAAAAACA